AUGCAGGCUCUGAUCCUCACCCGUUUCACUCAGCAUUUAAGCAGGAAUACGGCGCCAUAUAUCUUGCCAACGGAGAUGAUGCCUUCGCUGCAAGUGACUAUGACAUUUCUGGACAUCGUUCCAGCUGAUAUUCGUGGAAUGGAAUAUGCGACACGGGGGAACCUCUGUGACCAUCAGGUGUCUUUCUCUCUCCAUAACUCGAACGAUCUCAUCAUCUGUGCGAAGCAUAUCAAACACGACUCACCCAUCCUCCGGCUCAUUCCGAGCCACAAAUUCGUGGAUGACCUACCGACCACCUUCGUCGUGGGUCAUACUCACUGGCUUAACCAUACUCACUGGCUUAACCUGCGCAUGAGCGAGAUUGAGAUUCGGGCAGCAGAAAAUGUGUGGAAAUCUUCGCCUGAUAGCUGGGUCUUGCAAUUUGCUGUUUCGGGUUCCUUCAAGUUUUUCUGCAAGCAUACCCUGAGGCCACCUGCGGUGUCAAGCCACUUUUCGAUGCCACCCAGCGCCAGCGUGAGGGACGCGGAGAAAUCACCGGUCGAGCAAGCAAGAACGGCCGCCCAGAAGUCCGAGCAUCCUCCUCCCGCUGAAGGCUAUUACCCCCACAUCCACGAUUCACGAACCACACACGUUCAUACACUCUCAUUUUCCCCCCUUGUUUCGAUGUUUUUCGCAUUGUAUUUUCACGCACCGUCACUCCCGCGUGCUCGGUUUGUCCCCGCAACUCAACAAUUGUAUCCCUAG